CUUUCCAUUUUCGCAGUACUUUUCUUUCUUUCCACUUUUAAUUUCUUUUGAAGAAAAUAAUAGAAAGGUUUAAGGGUUCUUUAACUUGUCUUUCUCUCACAGUUAAGAAAAAGGGCGAAACCUAUGGAAACUCCAGAGAGUACAAUAGAACUAUGUCCCGACCUGAUCUUAGACGAUGUUGGCGGUGCGUUCGGCAUGGGUAUUGCCGGAGGAUCCGUCUUUUACAUGAUCAAAGGAAUCUACAACUCUCCCGCCGGGGCUCGUCUCUCCGGCGGGGCUGAGUAUGUACGUAUGAACGCCCCGAGAGUCGGAGGAAGCUUCGCCGUAUGGGGUGGUCUCGUGUCGAGCUUUGCCUGCGCUAUGGAGUAUGCGAGACAGAAGGAAGAUUCAUGGAACUUGAUCUUUGCCAGCGUCCCCACUGGAGGUCUCUUAUCGCUGCGUCAAGGCUUCCGCACCUCUCGUAACACGGCUUUAUUUAGUGGUGCGCUUGCAGCUCUCACAGUAGGAGUCUGGAACGCUGUGGAUAAAUUCACGAGUGCAGCGCAGAACGAGGAGGCUUUCAUGGAUGAUGCAGCCUCGUUACCAUCUUGUGUGCACAUUUGUCAGGUUCUUGGUCAGUCCGUGCCGGAGACUUCUUCUGCUUCGGUGGCAGGUUCGAGAUCUUGGUUUGGAGGUUGGUUUGAGAGUGGGAAGGAGUCUGAGGAUAAGUCAGUGAGUACAACUCAGAUUCUGGAGAGCUUUGAUGCGCCUCAUGCGCCAACCAACGAGUUUAACUAAUAUGUCUGAAUUAAAGUUUAGAGUCUGACAAUCAUUUUUUCUGAUUAGCAU